CUUUCCUUUAUUCCCUGCGAGCACUGAAUCUGUAUCUCUUCCUCUGCUUUGACAUUCCUCCUUUUUCCUUCGUUCUCGAAAGCUAGAAGGUUCAUUUCCAUUUAUGAGACUGAAACUGUCCGACAACUUGAACGGUUCGGAAGAAAAGAUGGAGCCGAAAAACGAUCCGGAGAGGCGCCAGCAUGUGCCGUACAUCCUGAAUGGGGAGCUGUACCGCAUCGAGAACCAAGUGGGCGACAAUGUUACGGUCAAGUGCUGCUACUGUCCGCCGGAUCGGAUUUAUCGCGGCAGCGUGCGCUCGACUGGGAAUUUUCACAUGCACAUAAAGAGGCGCCACAGCUCGUUGCUGGGAAAACUUCACGAAAUGAAGGUGGCUGCCCUGGAGGAGCGCCGUGAUCGCAUCAUGAAGAACCGGCGCUUUGGAAAGCCGCUCAAGAAGACACCAACCCCAACCCCACUUCCAACUACGAGUGCAGCUGCGCAGAGUAAUUCCGGCGUUUUUCUGGACAUCCAGGCGACUCCGGCGGGCAACGAAAGCCACGAGCUGAAAAUCAAAACGGUGUUCCAGCGCCACAAGCAAGAGCAAGAGGGAGCCACUCGCCGGUCCGGAGAUUCAACUUCAGAUAACAGCGUCCCAGCUAAUCCACCAAAUAUCGCCAACAGCCUUGGUGUUCUCGUUCAGGACCUCCCAAAUAUCUCGGUGGAGACGCUGCCCCUAGGUUCCUCGGCUGCUGCGGCUAGUGUAUCCUUUUUGGGUCGUCCCGUCAAGCCGGAGCAAGCCAUUGGCUCACCAUUCCUGUCUGAUCAGCCGACAGCCAUAGAUUUGAGCCGGGCUCCAUCGGUGCAGGGCGAAAGCAAAUCCAGCGGUUCCCUGGCCUCCUCGAUGGAGGACGUGUCCAUGGGGUACUCGCGCUCCCAAUCAAUCUCACAAUCGAUGUCCUUGACCCACUUCCUGGAUCACCCCCAGCGGGAUGUCCUGCAGCGCUUGGAGCGCACAAUGGCUCAAAUCAGCCAGGAAUUGCACUGCCGCAACCGAAUCGAGCAUAACCGCAUGCUGUUGGAGGCGGCCAAGUUCAAGUUUCUGAAUCCAAAUUUUCAAUUUGAGCCCAAUCUAUAAGUGGGCCCUCUAAAAGCAAGUACAGUGCCUUUAAGACAUUUGUUUGUAUACAUUAAGGUUUUGGCUUUAAAUUACCAACUCAGCCCUGUUCUAUAAACGGCCCAUUCAAAAGCUAUCAUAAUGGAAUAAAUAAAUACGUAAACUUUAA